AAUUUAAAAACAAAAAGGAAAGAAAAAGAGAGAAGCUUCACGCUUCAGCAUUGUCUUCUAGGUUUUUUAUUUUAUAUUCGCGAUUGAAUUUCAGAGUCAAGUUUUGAUCGCCCGUCUGUCUGUGGUGCGGGUCAGGAAGAACAAUGAGUGGGUCUGUGAAGGACGUGAAAUCGAAGGCGGAGCUGGACGGCCUGCUCCGGAGUGAUGCCAUGCUUAUCCUCCACUUCUGGGCCUCAUGGUGUGAAGCUUCCAAGCACAUGGACCAGGUCUUUUCACACCUUUCUACCGAUUUUCCUCACGCUCAUUUCUUAAGGGUUGAAGCUGAAGAACAACCCGAAAUAUCGGAGGCUUACUCGGUUGCUGCUGUGCCUUACUUUGUAUUUAUCAAGGAUGGCAAGACUGUUGAUACCUUAGAGGGGGCGGAUCCAUCUAGCUUGGCUAAUAAAGUUGCUAAAGCUUCUGGGGCAAUUAACACCGGAGAACCUGCAGCCCCAGCUAGCCUUGGGACGGCUGCAGGGGCCAUUGUUCUUGAGACAGUGAGAGAAUUGGCAAGGGACAAUGGUUCUGUUACUGAAAGCAAGGUGCAACCUGGAUUGAGCAGUGCUUUGCAGAAGCAAAUACAACAACUUAUUGACUCCAGUCCAAUCAUGUUAUUCAUGAAAGGAAGCCCUGAAGAGCCAAGAUGUGGGUUUAGUCGAAAAGUUGUUGACAUUUUGAAGGAAGAAAAUGUGAAAUUUGGAAGUUUUGAUAUCCUAUCAGACAAUGAGAUUCGUGAGGGAUUGAAGAAGUUCUCUAACUGGCCAACAUUUCCGCAGAUCUAUUGCAAAGGGGAGCUACUAGGUGGGUGUGACAUAGUAAUUGCAAUGCAUGAGAGUGGUGAGUUGAAGGAAGUCUUCAGAGAUCAUGGCAUUGGAAGCAUAGCUUCAGAUGAAGUAAAGGCUGCUGAACUGAAUAGGACAACAGGUGAUACCUCAGGUGGAUUGAGUGCAGCUCUAGCCUCUCGUCUUAAAAUGCUAGUAAAUUCUAGUCCUGUUAUGCUGUUUAUGAAAGGAAAACCUGAUGAACCAAAAUGUGGUUUUAGUCACAAGGUGGUUGCAAUCCUUCGAGAGGAAAAUGUGGACUUUGAGAGUUUUGAUAUUCUUUUGGACGAUGAAGUCCGCCAGGGGCUCAAAGAUUAUUCAAACUGGUCUAGUUACCCCCAACUGUAUAUCAAGGGUGAACUGAUUGGUGGAUCAGAUAUUGCCUUGCAAAUGCAGAGAAGUGGAGAACUUAAGAAAGUUUUAACAAAUAAAGGAAUCAUCAAGAAAGAAACUAUAGAAGAUCGUCUGAAAAAAUUGACCACUUCUUCUCCAGUUAUGCUGUUUAUGAAGGGUACACCAGAUGCUCCAAGAUGUGGUUUCAGUUCUAAAGUUGUUAAUGCCCUCAAGGAGGAGGGAGUCGGUUUUGGGUCCUUUGAUAUCUUAAGUGACGAGGAAGUGAGGCAGGGGUUGAAAGCCUAUUCCAACUGGCCAACCUUUCCCCAGCUUUAUUACAAAGGCGAGCUUAUAGGGGGCUGUGAUAUUGUGCUGGAGCUACGAAAUAAUGGAGAACUGAAAUCUUCUCUAUCCGAGUAGUAUCAACAUGAGCUUCUUGGGGGUGUAUCCGCAUCCUCGUUCAACUGCCUCACUACAUCAAUCAUUGACAUUAUAUAUUUUCCAAAGCUUGCUCUUAUUAGUUGUAAUUUUGAUUGAUCUCUGACCCUUAAAUGUUACUGCAUGUAAAAGCAAGAGGUUGUCCUGGUGACCGACGAGUUUGAAUUAUAUCAUGUGUGUUUUUACCUGUUACUGGAAACUUUGUUCAUUUUCUUGCUUCUUUA